UUCCCCAAGGCUCACAGCAGAACAGGCUCAGACAGGAAGGCAUCAGAAUGAGGCUGUUUAUUUUGCUGGCUGUGCUCUAUAGUGGAGUAAGGAGCAGCAUUGUGCAACAAAAAAUGUAUGGAAGGAUCACAUCCCCAAACUUCCCAAAGGUCUACCCAAAUCACAAGGAGAAAAUAUGGAAUAUUACUGUCCCCAAAGGAUAUUCUGUUCGCAUUUACUUCACCCAUUUCAACCUGGAGUUGUCCUACCUGUGUGAAUAUGAUUAUGUGAAGCUGAGCUCUGGUGGGAAGACCUUGGCUAUGCUGUGUGGAAGGGACAGUACAGACACUGAAGAGGCUCCAGGGAACAGAACGUACAUCUCCGCUGACAACCACCUCACGGUAGUGUUUCGGUCUGAUUACUCCAAUGAGAAACCAUUCACAGGCUUUGAGGCCUUUUAUGCUGCUGAAGAUAUUGAUGAGUGCAAACAGCCAUUGGAUACUAAACCACUCUGCAGUCAUCACUGUCACAACUAUGUAGGGGGCUACUAUUGCAGCUGCAGGGUUGGCUACAUACUGCAUGAAAACAAGAGGACAUGUACAGGAAGAUCGACUGCAGAUAAUGGAGUGAAGAAGAAAUGUCCCAGCAGCUGCUAGAAGUCCUUCAACUGUACAAAGCUGCCAUCUGCCUACAGCAUGCUUUAUUUAUUUCUUUUAAAGAUGCAAUAAUCUGGUCAGAGAAAGAACGCUAGAUAAGCUUUCCCAUGAAUCAGUCUGGGAAACUUUAGGGAGCUGGAAAGAAUUCUAAACAAUCUGCACCUGGUAUUUGUAACAAGUUGUUUACUCCCAAGAGGUGUAAUCUUCAUUAGCCAGUGGUGACAGUGACAUUACAUAGCACUGAAUUCUUGUUUGACUGCAGCUUCUGACUGAACACAGGUCCAACGAGAGCCUGCAGAGAACGACAUCCCACCCCUCAGGUAUGAGGUACCAGCUCCCUGCUCUGUGUGGGGGCAUUUACUGGCCCUGUUGUCCCUUUGCUCCUACAGAUUACUGCUGCACAGCCCAUGCCUGGGAAGCUCCAGCUUUCAGCUGUAAAAAUGCUAUUUUUCUGAAGAACAAACUUUCACAUGCAAAGUCCAAAUACAGUAGACAACAGAUUCUUGGAGCUAAUUAGCACUGUUAGAAGAAGCUUUUUUUCCUACAAUAUUGACAUCCUUACAAUAUACAUAAACUUCCUCUUUCUUGGAUUCUUUCAUUAGCAUUUCAUUUGCUGAAGUAAUGUAACUGAAAAUGAAGUACCUAUUUAGAAAAAAUGAAGACUCAAAACACUUCAUUGUAUUUUCAGUGAUAGUUUAUUUACUCACUUAUAAACAUUAAAGUAUGCAAAGCAGUCAAAAUGCUACUGAAACUUGAAAUUCUAAAAUUUUCAGAUUUUGUUUGAAGGUGAGGGAAGGCUAAAAUUAUUAGCAAACACUACUCAGUGCUGCCACCCAGCCUCUUAAACCUAAACCUGAGCAAUUUAAACAGAAUUAAAACCAUGCUAAUUAUAAGAACUUACCAUGAGGUUCCUUGCAGGGGGUCACAGUUAGUCUUUGGAGGUCCAACAAUAUCAUUUUAAAGAGUUACUCAGAAGAAGUAGCUGGUAAUAGUGCAAGUGCUAAAAUGCAAAAUUCACAGAUGGGACAGUUUGGAGAUUAUUCUGAUUAAGGUGCAGAAAAAAAAUGUAAGCAACUUUUUCAGUGGAAUAUGAACAAAUGUGCGGAAAUUCUUUCUCAGCCUGGGUGUUUAGAAACCCUCUUUAAACCAAGCACAUUAAGGCACAACUGAUUUUUUAAUUCUGCAGGUGGAAAACUCAGUCAUGCAGUUUUGUUUGCUGUUUAGAUGCUCUGCUACUCACAAGCCUCAGUGGAAUAGAGUAAUGAAGACUCACUUGAAAAUUACAUAGGUUAAAAACUGUGUAAAUAUCCAUAUUCAGACUAUUCACAGCUACAGCACAGUAUAAUGGUGUAUAGAAAAAUACAGAUCCAAGCUUCAGUGGGUUGCAACCCCAAGUACACAACACAAUUCCUCAAGCUCAUACAAGUGGAAAUAACCUUCCCCUAGUUUCUGCUCUAAUGCCGUGCUCUUUGUUAAGCUGCCGCCUCCUACGUGACACCUCUGUACCCGUCAUAACUCAGUUCAAACAUUAUCAGUCUGUGUAUAUUUACAGUGCUUUAUUAAUCUGGAAAGUCUUUCCUGUGACUACUUUUAACAGGAGUUAACAGCAUUCUUCUGGGCUGGAAGUGUGGCAGAAGCCCGUUUCCCAUGAGUGGGCUGAUAUAAAAACAAGUUAAAAACAUCCAUCCCCAAAGGAGAUGUGGACAGAAAUCCAUCAUGACAGAAACUGUUUUCCCCAACCCACCUCUGAUAAGGAACUUCUAUUGCUAAAAGAACAAGUUACGUUCCUUGGCACAGAUGAAAUCUGGAGGGAGCUGCUUACCAGUCUAGGUGCGGGCACCCCAAGGUGUGGGACCUGGAUUUUAGAUCUAUGUCACUGCACAGUGCAAGGGUACAGUGGCUUAGAGCAGUGUCAGGUAUCGAUACAUGCUGAGCGGUUGCUCCUUUAGAACCUGCUUAUCUGAAACAAACUGAGUGACUGCAAAAAGCUUUACAGAAGUUCAUUGCAAAAGGGUAAAAUUAAUUAACUGCUAUGAAUUCUUUGCAUUCAGGGCUGCAAAACAAAGACACAUAUUACUUAAAUCUGUUUUAUUUAAGAAUUUCCUACAGUGACAAAUCUUAUAAAAAGCAUCCAAACACGAAACUGCAGCAAACAGCAUUCUUUUGGAUAUCUUACAGACAGUGGAACUUCCACCCUGGAGAGGCACACUGAGCUCUAGUGAUCUCUGCUGAAAGAGCUACUGCAAAGCACACCACAAGCUCAAUGUUCUCAUCACAAACCCCCAUCGUCUUCAAGUCACAUUACCACACUUACAGAUCAUUAACAGAAAAAAAACACACACCAUACAGCAUUCACAGCAGUUGACAUAAGGGAAAAGAAAUACAAAUAUUCCAUUUCACGUAACACAUUCAACUAAUUGAUUAACUAGGUAGAGAACCCACUUAAAGUCUUCCACAUGUGGAUGUCCUUUGAAUGCAAUAAACACUCGUACGUUAUCUGCUAUCAUUGCUCUCCGCACACUCUCUCACCAAAGCCACAGGAUUGAGAGACAUCUCGCCAAGUCAAAUAAAAUCCUAUUAAUGCACCA